UUCCUGCAAAUUGCAAUUCAAUUUCGAGGAGGAAGGUCAAAUCGAGACAAGGAUGUCCUCCGUCCAGCGCAACAAAACGCCACCACAACUAGAACCAGAAAGAAUAGCCUGCGGUGUCCUUGGUAUUACUCUUAGUUACCUGUAGCCCACAUUGUCUAGACUCUAGGAGCAUUGAGUUUCUGUCUGAAUCUGCGCGGUCAGCUUUUUCAAGGGCCACUUUCAGAUUCUUCAUCAGAUCAGCUAGGCGUCAGGUAUGGACGACGAAGUUGUGACCAAGCUGUACAGGGUGCGCAAAACAGUCCUCCAGAUGCUCAAUGACAGGGGCUAUCUGGUGCUCGAUGAAGAGCUCAGUCAGACGAAGGACGAUUUUAGAGAGAAGUUUGGGGACGACCCCAAGAAAGAUGAUCUCACCAUGUCGAAGAAGAAGUCGGACAGUGGCGAGCAGAUCCUCGUCUUCUUCCCAGACGCAAAGUCAGACGGGAGUUCUAGCGGGAAAGUCGGUGUCAAGCAGAUCAAGGAGUACGUGGAGGUGAUGAAGCGGGGCGACAUCCGGCGGGCUAUCAUGGUGGUCACGGACAACUUGACACCGUUCGCAAAGUCGUGCUUAGGGGAGAUUGCAUCAAAAGGGUACACGAUUGAGGUCUUCCAGGAGUCCGAGCUGCUGGUAAAUAUCAGCCACCACGUGCUCGUCCCGAAGCACUACGUCCUUAGCAACGAAGAUAAAAAGGCGCUCCUAGAACGGUACACUGUCAAAGAAACACAGCUGCCCCGGAUGCAAGUAAGCGAUCCAAUCGCCCGGUACUUCGGCUUGACGCGGGGGCAAGUGGUCAGGAUCGUGCGACCAAGCGAAACGGCGGGGCGGUACGUCACAUACAGAUACGUAGUUUAGAAUUCUGCCGCAGAACGCAGUCUGUGGAAUUUGUACAGUAUCUAGUCGUAGGACGGAGAAACAAACAGCCCGGCCGGGUCACUUCCCCCGAGCGAGGGCUCAAUGUUAUCAACUUGAGUCAAGCACAUGCGAGGGAAACCUUUACUCGAAUGUCUUUGCGUUUUAUAGCGUUUGAAUGCAUUCAAACCAAAUAUGCCCGACUUUAAAGUAGCUGGCAUUGUCAGCUGGCAUUAAGAAUGGAAGAGCAUGUUGCCUUGUCAUGAA